GCGCGGGUCAGAGGUCACAGGUUGCGCGCUCCCGAGACUCACGAGGACUGACUGAGGGAGACGCACGUGCUCAGCAGAGAACAGGUGAACAAAGAUGGACGAGUGGGAAGAGGGAACCACUACUAGUACCACUGCACUAACCAGUCACACCUCCAGUGAAGGCACACAAGGAGGCUCCUGGAACACUGAUGGUGGUGACUUUGGAAGAGGUCGCGGUGGGAGAAGCAGACGAGGAGGAUUUAAAAGCCCGUUCUCAGGUGGUGAUGAGAGUGAGAACGGGAACGAUGGAGACAGCUGGAACCACACGGCAGGAGAAGGAGGCGGCUUCAGAGGCAGAGGAGGAGGAGGAAGAGGAGGGCGCAGCAGAGGAUUUGGCCGGCUGGACCGCAGUGAAACCAACGGAGACGAUGACGAUGGAGUUCAUGAAAACGGGUUUAGAGGAAGAGGAGGAGGAGGAGGUUUCAGAAGAGGUGGUGACCAUGGUGCCAGAGGAGGCUUUGGAGGAGGCUACCGUGGGAAGGAUGAGGAGAUCUUUGCUCAUGGGGAAGCUCGGGAUCCAGAAAAGAAGGAUGACAUGGAUGGUGAACGACCAAGAGUCACAUAUGUUCCCCCGACCCUCCCCGAAGACGAAGACUCCAUUUUUGCCCACUACGAGAAAGGCAUCAACUUUGACAAGUAUGACGACAUCAUGGUGGACGUCAGCGGGAGUAACCCGCCGCAGGCCAUCAUGACCUUUGAUGAGGCAGCGCUGUGCGAGUCCCUGAAAAGAAACAUCAGCAAGUCUGGCUACGUGAAGCCGACCCCCGUGCAGAAGCAUGGCAUCCCCAUCAUCUCUGCUGGCAGAGAUCUCAUGGCCUGCGCCCAGACUGGAUCAGGUAAAACGGCUGCAUUCCUGCUCCCCAUUCUGCAGCAGCUAAUGGCCGACGGCGUCGCAGCCAGCUCCUUCAGUGAGCUGCAGGAGCCUGAAGCCAUCAUCGUGGCCCCGACCAGGGAGCUCAUCAACCAGAUUUACCUGGAGGCCCGGAAGUUUGCCUUUGGGACAUGUGUGCGUCCAGUCGUGGUCUACGGUGGCGUCAGCACUGGACACCAGAUAAGAGACAUCUUACGGGGGUGCAACGUGCUGUGUGGAACCCCAGGCAGACUGUUGGAUAUGAUUGGAAGAGGAAAGGUGGGGAUGGAUAAGCUGCGGUACCUGGUGCUGGAUGAGGCUGACCGGAUGCUGGACAUGGGUUUCGAGCCUGACAUGCGCCGCUUGGUGGGCUCCCCUGGAAUGCCGACCAAAGAGAGCCGGCAGACUCUGAUGUUCAGCGCCACCUACCCUGAGGACAUCCAGAGGAUGGCGGCUGACUUCCUCAAGACCGACUAUUUGUUCUUGGCUGUGGGUGUGGUGGGCGGAGCCUGCAGCGAUGUGGAGCAGACGUUUAUCCAAGUCACCAAGUUCUCCAAAAGGGAACAGCUCCUUGACCUUCUCAAGACCACAGGAAUUGAGCGAACCAUGGUCUUUGUGGAGACGAAGAGACAGGCUGAUUUCAUUGCCACUUACCUGUGCCAGGAGAAGGUCCUGACGACCAGCAUCCACGGGGACCGUGAGCAGCGGGAGCGAGAGCAGGCUCUGGCAGAUUUCCGCUCCGGCAAGUGUCCAGUCCUGGUGGCGACCUCCGUGGCUGCCCGCGGCCUGGACAUUCCCGAUGUGCAGCACGUGGUGAACUUUGACCUCCCGAACAACAUCGACGAAUACGUCCAUCGCAUCGGGAGGACGGGCCGCUGCGGAAACACGGGCAGGGCGGUGUCUUUCUACGACCCCGACGCCGACAGCCAGCUGUCCCGCUCCCUCGUCACGGUCCUGUCCAAGGCCCAGCAGGAGGUGCCCUCGUGGUUAGAGGAGUCUGCGUUCAGCAACCCCGGAACCGGAGGCUUCAACCCCACCAGGAAGAGCUUUGCUUCGACAGACUCCAGGAAGGGAGGAUCCUUCCACGAGAAGGACGCGAGGAGCCCGCCGGCUGCUCAGACUGCCGAUGACGAAGACGAAUGGGAGUAGAGAGGACAUGUCAGAGCGACACACACAGCCACACAGCAUUGACCUGAGUUCUUUUCCUUUUCAGGUGUUCAAAUUGUUUUCGUAUUUUUGUUUCAAGAAGAAAAUUAAGUUUGUCUCAGGCUAGACCAAGUUUAUAAUGUCGAGCUAGAUGCUAAACAGGAAACCAUGUGCAUGACGUCUCUUCAGUGAGGGGCAUGUUGUGACUGACCCAAAGUCCAAACCACAGGAUGUCCUAUUCAACUAUAUUUUGUUUCUUACUCGGAUAAAGGUUUGCAAAUAAAUAAAUAUUUGUU